AUGAAGUUGCAACUUGUUGAUCGUUCUGUGCGAAUGCCGAGAGGGGUAAUUGAGGAUGCAUUGGUCCAAGUGGACAAAUUUUACUACCCUGUUGACUUUGUUGUUUUGGAUACACAACCUGUUUUGCAUUCUGAAAAUGAAAUUCCUGUCAUUUUAGGACGUCCCUUCCUUGCUACAUGUGACGCACACAUUAGUUUUAGGAGAGGGGCAUCUGAGGGCCUUCAGCCAAAACCCCCCGGAUGUGGUCCUUUUACUCCGAUUGGUUUACCAGGGAGAAAGAGUUCAAGGAAGGAGAAAGGGGAAUCUAUUGAUCGAAUAUUUUAA